AUGGGCCGCUUGUUCUCCGCCGGUUCCGCCGUCAGAAGGAGAGCACUCACCGUCCUGGGCGUCAUGCUGGUGGCGGCCUGCGCACACGGCCUCUUCCCCUUCCUCCGGAGAGGCCAGGACCUCCUGUGGGGACGCAGUGGAGGCCCUCCUGUCGUCAGCGUCGUGGAGGAGACCAGACGCAUGGUGGACCGUGCCAUCUACCACACCGUGAAGAGAGACCUCAGCCAAAGAGGGAUCCCGUCUCCGUCACAGCUUCUGUCUUUCUCCAAACGCCCUGAGCCGACCAGCCGAGCCAUCUCCCGUGCGGCCGAGAUCAUGGAAGCUUCCGUGCAGGCCCUGAAGACGAGAGUCUCCGGGAAGCUCCGGGGAUCCUGGCUUCCCACAGAUGUCCUGCCGGAAGAUGUGCUGAACACAGUCGCGAACGUGUCCGGAUGCCUGCCGUACAUGCUGCCCCCCGAGUGCCCGGACACCUGCCUGGCCAACAAGUACCGGCUCAUCACGGGCGCCUGCAACAACAGAGACCACCCCCGGUGGGGAGCGUCCAACACGGCGCUGGCGAGAUGGCUGCCACCUGCCUACGAAGACGGCAUCAGUGAGCCCCGGGGCUGGAACCCCCACCUCCUAUACAGUGGCUUCCCGCUGCCCCCGGUCCGGGAGGUGACAAGACAAGUCAUUCAGGUCCCCAACGAGGCCGUCACUGAGGACGAGCAGUAUUCCGACCUCCUGGCGGCGUGGGGACAAUACAUCGACCACGACAUUGCGUUCACCCCCCAGAGCACCAGCAAAGCUGCGUUUGGGGGAGGAGCUGACUGCCAGCUGACGUGUGAAAACCAAAACCCAUGUUUUCCCAUACAGCUGCCCAGCAACGCCUCGGGGAGCGCUGGCGGCUCCUGUCUGCCGUUCUACCGGUCCUCCGCCGCCUGUGGCACCGGGAUGCAAGGCGCCUUCUUCGGGAACCUGAGCUCGGCCAACCCGCGACAGCAGAUGAACGGGCUGACGUCCUUCCUGGACGCGUCCACGGUGUACGGCAGCUCCCCGGCCUUGGAGAAACGGCUGCGCAACUGGACGAGCCCCCAGGGGCUGCUCCGGGUCAACACGCGCCACCGGGAUGCCGGCCGCGCCUACCUGCCCUUCGCACGGCCCGCCGCCUGCGCGCCUGAGCCCGGCCCCCACGGGACGGCCGCCGCGCCCUGCUUCCUGGCAGGGGACAGCCGGGCCAGCGAGGUGCCCGCCCUGGCGGCCCUGCACACGCUGUGGCUGCGCGAGCACAACAGGCUGGCCUCGGCGCUCAAGGCUCUGAACGCACACUGGAGCACCCACACGGCCUACCAGGAGGCACGCAAGGUGGUGGGCGCCCUGCACCAGAUCAUCACCAUGCGGGAUUAUGUCCCCAAAGUCCUGGGCCCCGAGGCCUUCCAGAAGUACGUGGGUCCUUAUGAGGGCUACGAUCCUGCCGUGGACCCCACCGUGUCCAAUGUGUUUUCCACGGCUGCCUUCCGCUUUGGCCACGCCACCGUGCACCCCCUGGUGAGGCGGCUGGACGCCCACUUCCAGGAGCCCCCGGGCCUCCCCCCACUGCGGCUGCAGGACGCCUUCUUCAGUCCCUGGAGGCUCCUCAAGGAAGGGGGUUUGGACCCCCUGGUGAGGGGCCUCCUGGCGAGACCAGCCAAGCGGCAGGUGCCGGAGCAGCUGAUGAACGAGGAGCUGACGGAGAGGCUGUUCGUGCUGGGCAGCUCGGGCAAGCUGGACCUGGCAUCCAUCAACCUGCAGCGGGGCCGGGACCACGGCCUGCCAGGCUACAAUGCGUGGAGGGAGUUCUGCGACCUGCCCAGACUGCAGACGCGGGCCGACCUGCGCACCGCCCUGGCCAACGCCAGCAUCGCGGGCCGGAUAAUGGACCUGUACGGGCAUCCGGACAACAUCGACGUCUGGCUGGGCGGCCUGGCCGAGACCUUCCUGCCCCAGGCGCGCACGGGUCCACUGUUCGCGUGCCUCAUUGGGAGACAGAUGAAGGCCCUGAGGGACGGAGACCGGUUCUGGUGGGAGAGCAAUGGGGUGUUCACCGAGGCCCAGCGGCGCGAGCUGGCGAGACAUUCCCUGUCCCGGGUCAUCUGUGACAACACGGGCCUCCCCAGCGUGCCCGCUGAUGCCUUCCAAACCGGGAGAUUCCCGCGGGACUUUGAGGUGUGCAAGAACAUUCCGGGUCUGAACCUGGACGUAUGGAGGGAGCCCCCGCCUCAAGGUGACGCAUGUGGCCUCCCUGACGGUGUGGACAACGGGGACGUCGCGCUCUGUGGAGAGACAGGACGGCACGUGCUUGUGUUCUCCUGCCGCCACGGGUUCCAGCUGCAGGGCCGGGAGCAGGUGGCCUGUGCUCCCCGCGGCCUGCUCCGGCCGCCCGUGUGCCAAGAUGUCAACGAGUGUGAAGACGUGACAGCCCCUCCCUGCCACCCAUCGGCCCGGUGCAGGAACACCAAGGGUGGCUUCAGCUGUGAGUGCACAGACCCCUACGUGCUGGCGGAGGAUGGGAUGACGUGCGUAGACUCUGGGAGGCUCCCGAAGGCGUCCUGGGUCUCCAUCGCCUUGGGCGCCCUGCUGGUUGGCGGCCUGGCAGGUCUCACCUGGACGGUGGUUUGCAGGUGGGCACACGCCGGCCGGAAAGCCUCUCUGUGCAUCGCAGACUCGGGUGGAAGAGGAGCCUGCCAGCGGGGUCUCGGCACGUGCCAGGACGGAACGCGUCACAGCCUGCUGCCGCCACUCGGGGCGCAGGGCAGGUGUCCCCUCCUGGCAGUGUCCCCUACCGUCAGUCCUCCUUGCGGGCAGCAGUGGGAGGAGGUUGGCUCUUCAGAUCUGUGUCGCCCUGAGGGGACUGCCAGGCCCUGCUCUGGACACCUGGCACACCCCCAGGGCCAGGACGCGGCCAGCGGCUGCGAGUCCCUGCACUGUCUGCUCUGGGAGCUGGUCUUUCGUGUCGUGGUGCCCGUGUGCUUAGCGUCGCCUUAUAAGCUCCUGAUGAACCACCAGGGAGCUGGAAGGGACAGUCCCGGAUCCAUCUCCACCAAAGCUGGACUCCCGAUGGUGCGGGAGCUGUUUGGGGCCAUCAGACUGGAUCACGCGGUGGGAGCCAGGCCCCCCUCACUGGGCAUGCCCAUCGCCGGCCGGUCCUGGCAGCCAGGAGAGCCCAGCCUCCACCGGAAGCCAGCGCAGGUGCCCAGUCAGAAGCUGGGGAGCCGCUCAUGUGGACACAGCUGCUUGUGCUGGGGACCCGCGGGGGACGCCGCCGCCUCCCUGGGCAAACCAGGCGGGGAUGGAGACUCACUGCACGCGGACCCUGACCUGACCUCCAAGCGCCCCGACCCCCAUGCACUCCAACAUCCACACUCCCCGACCUCCAGGUCCCCUGACCUCCGGGCACCCCGACCUCCGCACGCUCGCUGCACCUGGAACCUCCGGGGCAAGCCCCGUGGGAGGCUCCGCGGUCUCCGCCGCUGCCCAGAGCUCGAGCUCCUGCUGCACCAGAGGGUGAUGAAAAUCUACCUGCAUGCCCGGGAGUUCUUCGGGCUAGAGAGGUCAGGGGCAGGGCAGCGGGCCUGCGUCUACACCCACCUGGGCCUUCGCUGGGAGUCCCCAGGGCUGAGCCCGGGGUCGCAGAGGCCUGAGUUCCCGGGGCUGGGGUUCCGGCCUGCAGGCCUCUCGCAGGCACCCCGCACGGGCCUGCGGCAGCCAGAGCCGUCCUACGACAAGUCGUACUCGGCCCUGCUGAAGAUGAAAACAGAAGCUGGAAAAGCUGUUUUCUCAGAGGGUGGGGCCCAGGGCGCGGGGCCUGCGGCGGGGACCAGGACAGCUCCGUCCUCGGCAGAAGCGUCUCCACUGGCCCAGAACAGAGGGGAGCACUCAGGUCACCUGCCCGCCAGGGUCCCCUGCCCAUCAGCUCUCACGGCCCUGCGGGUGACCCCGCCUCCCACCACCUGCGCCCACUGGCACCCUGUGUGGACCAAGCCCCAUGUCCACGAAGGUUCUAGAACGCGGGCCCGCGGUGCACUCGCGGUGAAGCUACGGGUGACGGGCCGUGCGGCCCGGAGUCUGUUCGCGGGCGGGCACGCAAGCGCCCCUUCCACCAGCGGGACUGACGGGAGGCUCCACGCAGAAACCGGGGCUGCGGGAAACCAGCGGGAAAGCGCCCCGGCCCGGCCCACCGCACCCUGCGGGCUGCGCCCUUGA